CAGCCCAAUAAUUCAAAGGCUGCGAUUUUUGCUCAUAUUUGUAAUGCUUGACGAUAUCUCGGCAUUGCAUAUAAGUACAGCACGCGGGACGCACAACAUGGACACAACAUCGGAUGCGAUUGCUGAUGCGUGCUCGCUGUCGUCGCUGGAGAGUGAAAGUGACUUAUCAUUGGCCCUCGAACGGGAACUGGGCGAACCGGCGGACUGUGAUGAGCUGCCCGCAUUUGAGAUACGCGCCUACUCACCUCAUGGUCGCACACCGUCUCCCAUCGAUGACUUGAAUGUCUCGGAUAUUGAAACCCCAAAGCAGGAGGCACCACAACAACGCAGUCCCGGUCGUCAAAACAAUCCAGAUUUCGUUCCCUUGCAUGAGAUCAAUGCACAAAUCAGUGCACCCAAGGACAAUGCAGAUGAAUCAAUAGCUGGCAUCAGUCGGGCCAACAGCUUGGAAACCAUAUUUGAAGGCGUAUUUCUGCAUACGCCGCCAAGGGAGACUCUCAACAAAAGCGCCAAUUCCGGCUCGAAUCCCAACUCCGCAUCUCGCAGUACGCCCAAACGGAGUCGCGUCAAUCUAAUGGAAUUGGUGGCCAUGAAUCGCCUGCACGGCGGCAGCGGCAAGGAGAAUCAAUCGCCAUGCCAGGAGCGACAGGAUGAACUUACCUAGUUUCCAUAUUCCGGCCAAUCCUGGCCCCAACAACAAACGCCAUAUAUGACACGUUCGUUCUGACUGCCCUCGAUUUUUGUAGGCUUAAGUUUUAGAUAUGUAGAAUAAGCAUGCACUUUUGUACACAUUGUGUAUCUGAAAGAAUAGAAAGUAUCAUUUUUAUAUAUUUGUAUGUUACCAAUACUGAAUUUAUAUAUGAUGGUAAAACAUUUGUCUUUCCAUGUUUCAAACAUUAAA